CAUAGCAACACGACGCUAUGCGGCAGAAGAACCAGUUCACGACCUUUUGCCUUUUGUCGCACAAGUUACUUUUAAACGUGAUUACGUCGAUAUUUGUGCGCAAUUAGUGAGCCGUCAUUGACUUAAAGUUCGCGUAAAGUAGCCGCGGCACUGCUGCGGGCGGGACGAGUGCGCCAAAUGCCUCUGCUAGUGACAGACUACUGCUGGACACAGACAGAGUCCACGGUCCACAUCAGCGUGCCUUUGAAAGGAGCGAAAGUGGGGAAAGUGGACAUCCUGUCUACAGACGAAUACCUGAAGGUGCAUUUCCCGCCGUAUCUGUUUGAAGCCUUCCUGUUCGAACCUGUUGAUGAUGUCAGGAGCACGGCGAAGGUUGGGAACGGAGUCGCAGUCAUCAGUUUGCCAAAGAGGACCAACAAAGUGUGGGAUCAUCUGAUGAUAACUACAAAUGAUAAAGAAAAAAAGAAGGAGGUGAGAGAAAGGGCUCUGUUGAAAUACCAGGAAAAGCUUUCUUUAGAGUCCACAUCCAAGGCGGAGAAAGAGCACACAGAGAAAAAAUAUGCAUUGGAGACAAUGAUGAAGCAUGAACAGGAGGAAAGAGACAGGAUCCAGAAAAUUAAGGACACUGAACGAGAGAAAACCACAGCAGAGCUGGCAGCAUGGCGGCUGAGGCAGAAGGAAGAACUAAAAGUCCAGAGUCCGAGAGACAGUCCCAACCAAAUGACAGCGAAGCAGGAACCUGGAUGUUCAGAUGGAGGAAAGGUCAAACUGGAUCAAAGAGGCAACAGGGAAGCGAAGAGCAAGAUAAAACAAGUGGACCUGCCUGCUCCGAGACUUGUUGGAAACAUUCAAGUCUCAUUCACCCCGCGCGUUUUCCCAACGGCCCUCAGGGAAUCCAGAGUGCCAGAGGAGGAAGAGUGGCUGAAGAAACAAGCUGAAGCCAGGCGUGCAGUAUAUGCAGAUGUAGAAGAGCUGGAGGACCUGAAGGAGGAGGAGCGGAACCCUGACUGGCUGAAGGACAAAGGAGAUAAAUGCUUUGCGGCCGGGGACUACCUGGGUGCAGUGAACGCCUACAACCUGGCCAUCAGGCUCAACAGAAAGAUCCCAGCUCUGUAUUCAAACAGGGCUGCGUGUCAUUUGAGGUUAAGAAAUCUUCACAAGGCCAUUGAGGAUUCCUCUCAGGCGCUUGAUCUGUUGACUCCACCAGUCGCUGCCAAUGCAGCUGCCAGAAUCCGAGCCCAAGUCCGCCGAGGAUCUGCUUUCUGCCAGCUGCAGCUCUAUGCAGAAGGGCUCCAAGACUACCAAGCUGCUCUAAAAAUGGACCCUUCUAAUAAAGCGCUGCAGGCAGAUGUGCAAAGAAUCAGAGACAUGAUUCAAGGUGGUCGGCCCUCCUGGCUGGGUGCUGGAGCUGACUGACCAGUGCCAUAUGGAGGCUUUAUCCCUGCACGCUGAGCAGGACACACACUGCUGCUUCUGGACACCACUCUUUAACCCAUUUAACACACUUGAACAAAGGAAGUGGACCUCCAUGUAUACAUGUUCCUGCACCAGAGAACAGCUUGGAAUUUCACCAGCUCCUGAGGUCCAAAGUUAGGGCCAGUUGGCCCCUACAUGACAUUGACAUUUAGAAAGAAGGAGACAUAGGAUUUGAUUUGGACAAAUUGCUCACUAUUACAGUAAUAUAACUGACAGACAUUCUCCCUAUCCAACACUACAUACUGAAAUGUUGGAAUGUUCGGAAGAUUUAUUUAAUUUACAUGUCAUUGUGCCCAGUAGUCGUCUAUAUCUGUGGUCCAGGAUGUGGUUAGCCUAGCUUAACGAAAGAAUACUUUCAUUGUUAUAAUAUAAAGGUGUUUUUUUCGCUUUUAGUUUUAGUCAGGUUUUGUGUAGUUAUUUGUUACUUUAAACCUCCAUGACAUGCUAUGGCCUUAUAAAGUCAACAUUGCUAACAUGUUGUAAGUGUCACCUGUGCAUCAAGCAUGUUCUCACUCCCAAAUUGUCAAAUACUGCAGCUUCGUCAGUAUCCCUGUGCUUCAAAAUAUGAGACUGUAGGUAUCCCUCUAGUGUCAUUUCUGGACAUUUCUCAACUUCUGGUCAAGUAAGCAACUAUAUAGCCUCCUCAACUUCCAGUCAAGUUAGUAACAAUAAAUAUGUAAUGUCGGUUCACGAAAUAAGGUCAAAACUACUUGGUUAGAUUUAGGUAAAGACAGAAAUUGUUGACUUUUGUUUUCGGGACACAAACAGCGGCCUCAUGUGUUUAUUUGAGUCAUCCUUCCACCCCACCACCUCCACACGUGGACUUUCUCUCUCGUUAUACUACGUCACCUGACUUUGAUGGCAGGCAAAAAAUAUGUAUGUCUCUGUUCACAAGCUAGUCCCCAACCUUGUCUGCAGUUUGGUGCUGGGCAGGUGGUACGUUGUGACUUUAUCCAAGCUUUUUCAAUGAAAUCGGCUGCUUGUUGCUGCAGCUACAAAUGAGGUCGAUGAGAGAGUGCCUUAAAGCCAGAACAAUUAGCUGAAAGUUGCUAAAAUGCUUCAUAGAGCUGAAAGGAACUACAGAUGAUAAUUAUCCAUGAGUUUGUAUCUUUGAGAGACGUUAUAUUCAUAACUGCAGCCUUCACUAUUUAUUUUAAUGCAGUCUAAUGAUCUAAGUUCAAUUAUCAGCUAUAACUGACCCCCACAUUCUAAUAUCACUCAAACAUUUACAUUUAUUUUUUAUGUAUUUAUUUAUUUAAUUCAUUACAUUUCAUCCAUAACUGUUGUCUAAUUUCUGAUAUCUGAUCUGAUUUCAUUUCAUAUCCACAUUCCUCUUCCAUUUAUUAUCCAAUAUAGUUUUGUGUAUAAUUUUAGUGUAUAAUUUAUGAUGCAGUCCUUUUUAGUAUUUCUUCUGCAGAAUAUAAGAAACUGAAUAGUAUUAGAUUGACUUGUAAAGAAAUGCAGUUGCUACAGGUGGUGCCUCAAGGAUAAAAUAAAUCUCUCUAUUAUUAAUUUCAUGUCUUUAUCUUCCGAUAACACAACUUAAUAGACAAUGAUGAAACAAUUCAAUUAUGUACAGCCAGAAUUAAAAUUGAAAAUGAACUGAAUUGAAAUUAAACUUAAAUUUAAUUUUGAUCUACAGUGAGAAUGUCAACUUGCUUCAAUAAAUCAUUAAAAAAACAAAAUAUACAUCAUAG